CCCAGUGUUGUGACUGCAGCCUGCUGCAGAUAGACUACAAUCUUGAAGGUGUACCAGAUUCGGCUCAGCCUUCUUGACGUUCGCCAUCAAUCAGUUAAAAUCAAUUGACAAAUAAUGAAGUACAUUUUAGUAACUGGUGGUGUAAUUAGUGGCGUGGGUAAAGGUGUAAUCGCUAGUUCGUUCGGAACUAUUCUAAAGAACUGUGGGAUUCAUGUAACAUCUAUCAAGAUAGAUCCAUACAUAAAUAUAGAUGCAGGGACAUUUUCGCCAUAUGAACACGGUGAGGUGUAUGUUCUUGAUGAUGGAGGUGAGGUAGAUCUAGAUCUUGGAAACUAUGAACGAUUUUUAGACAUUACACUUCACAAAGAUAACAAUAUAACGACUGGUAAAAUUUAUCAGUCAGUUAUUACUAGAGAACGACGUGGUGAUUACUUGGGUAAAACUGUUCAAGUGGUUCCACAUAUUACUGACGCUAUCCAAGAAUGGGUAGAAAAGAUGGCCAACCAAUCUGUGACACAGGAUGGCAAUAAACCGGAGGUCUGUAUUGUCGAGCUCGGCGGAACUAUUGGAGAUAUUGAGGGAAUGCCUUUUGUUGAAGCCUUUAGACAAUUCCAGUUUAGAGUUAAACGGGAAAAUUUUUGUUGCGCUCAUGUUUCUCUUGUCCCACAGCCCAGAUCAACAGGUGAGCCUAAAACAAAACCCACACAAUCUAGCGUCAGGGAAUUACGUGGCCUCGGUCUCUCACCCGACUUAAUUGUUUGUCGAUCUGAGAAACCCAUUGGGGAUUCUGUGAAGGAAAAAAUUUCCAACUUUUGUCACGUUGCCCCUGAACAGGUCAUAACCAUUCAUGAUCUCUCUUCAAUUUAUCGAGUGCCAUUAUUGAUGGAGAGCCAGAAGAUUAUUGAAUUUUUAAACGAUAGACUCCAGUUAAAUAUUACUAUGCCACGCCCUAGACAUUUUAUGCGAAAGUGGCGAGAUCUGGCCGAGCGUAUCGAUCAUCUCCGAAAAGAAGUCAACAUUGCUUUAGUUGGCAAAUAUACGAAAUUGGAAGAUUCGUAUGCAUCAGUCACUAAAGCAUUGCAACAUUCCUCGACACAGGCUGGCUAUAAACUGAAUUUAACUUAUAUCGAAGCUGCCAGCUUGGAACCGACAACAAAGGUAGAAGAUCCUGUGUCUUACCACGAAGCAUGGCAAAAGUUAUGCAGAAGCGAUGGGGUAAUAGUACCUGGUGGAUUUGGAAAGCGAGGAAUUGAGGGAAAGAUAGAAGCGUGUAAGUGGUGCAGAGAGAAUGACAAACCUUUUCUUGGAAUCUGCCUUGGGCUUCAAGCAGCUGUCAUUGAGUUUGCUCGCAGUGUUUUGCAUCUGGAUGGAGCUAAUAGCACUGAAAUUGAUCAGGACACGCCACAUCCGUUAGUGAUAGAUAUGCCGGAAUACAAUCAGGGCCAAAUGGGUGGUACAAUGAGACUUGGUAAAAGGCGCACAAGAUUCACGCGAGCUAAUUCGGUUAUAAAGCAAUUAUAUGGCAACAAAGAUGACAUUGAAGAGAGGCAUAGGCAUAGAUAUGAAGUGAAUCCUAAGUACGUUGCAGAUCUUGAAGCUGCUGGAUUGAAGUUUGUCGGUCACGAUGAGAAUAAAGAAAGAAUGGAGAUAAUAGAAUUAGAAGGCCAUCGUUACUACGUUGGCACUCAAUAUCAUCCAGAGUACCUAUCGCGGCCUCUAAAUCCAUCACCUCCGUUCCUGGGAUUGAUAUUGGCUAGUGUUGGCAAACUUCAAGCAUAUCUAGCUAGAGGAUGUCGACUUUCUCCCCGGCAACUUAGUGAUAACGAUUCAGAUGAAGAUGAUCAACUCGUCGCUGAGUUACCACUACAUCUAGCGGAGGGAGGCAGCGCCGCUAGCGCUAAGAGUUUGGAGGCUUAACUCGGGUGACCGUUAUUUCAUUAACUUGUUGAGAUGACAAUACAUUUCAUCGACGAUAUUUUAAUUCCAGAAGUGAUUACAUUAGCAAUUAAAUAGCUGAGGUAGUCCACCCAAAACUUUUUCCGUUCGCAUUUCUAUGAUCGCUGUUUGAAACUCAUUACUAUUCACUAUAUGUAUGUCUUAUAGUCACGAGUCAGGUCAUGGUAUAAAAAUCUAGACGGUAACUGUGAAUUUACAAGCAUUGAAAUAUUACCUCCAUACCACGCAAAGUUGGAAUUCAAUAUUUGAUUUGGACAUUACUGGCUUAUGUUCUCUACCAGAUUUUAUACUUUAUCGCGUUACUUUAUACGAACAUUGUGAUUUUGUUCAUAUCUUUUUAACUUUAUGUAUUAGCAUUAUCAAAAAUAUAUAUUUGUCAUACUUUAAUUUGUCAAGCUUCUGCAAUGACGACAUCCCUUACUUUAAAUUACAGAUCACAUCAUUUUUCAACUUACCUCAAUACUCAAGUGUACAUUUGAGUGAAGAGGUACCGUUUUAUACACCUUCCUGUAAAUUGUCUUGUGAAGCUUAAAAUAAAAUUUCAGCCUGCAUCGAA